UGAACAUAUGAACGUCAUACGAUAGAUAAUCAUAUGAAGAUGCUUGAACGUAAAUACCUUAAAUACAAAUACUAAUCAUAAUAAUGAAUGUGUUAAGUUCUUCUCUUUUUGAUUGUCCCUUUUGCUUAUUUUUUGGACAUCAAUAAACUUUUAAGGAUGGUGCUGUGUGCAGUUCCGUCCUGCAACAACAGAAGCGAUUCCCAAAAUUGGAAAAAAAAUAUUUCUAAUAAUGGAGUGAGACGUUUGGGAGGUGUCAAGAUUACCUUUCACAGGUUACCUAAAGACCCUGAAAAGCGGAAAUGUUGGAUGGAAUUAUUAGGAAUCAACCAAUCUUCUUUUAAGUUGAUCGACAAUGUCCGAGUUUGCUCCCAGCAUUUUGAAACCAGUUGUUUCAAUAAACGAAGCAUUCGAAAGCUGUUAAAAGCAGAUGCUUUACCGUUAACACAUGUGAAAAAUUCCGCUGCUAUGAUCCAAAUAACCCAAACUGAUUCUACACAAAAUUCAAUAUCUCGAAAUAUUCUAACAAGUUUUUCAAGAAGUGAGACGGAUAAAUCAAGAGCAGAUUACAUGCGAAGAUAUAGGCAAUGUAAAAGUGAAGAAAAAUUGAAAACUGCAGGAGUAAAUCUAACAAAUCAAACAUUAUCUUCUUUUUUACAUACGGACAUUAAGAAGGAACCUGCAAAUUUUAUAGAAAAUACAGAAUCACUCUCACUACUGACUGUGAAAACAGAAGAAUAUGAAAACCCUACUAUCGACGUCGAUCCAGAAUGGGAAGAUUGCAUAAAGACAGAAGAAGGAAUAAAUGUAAAAGAAGAAUCAAAGAAUGACAAAAAUUUUGCAUUGAAAAUGGAUGUGAAAGAAGAAGUAGAGAGUGAUAUUAUUAAUGAACAAGAAGGAAUAAAACGUCACAGACUAUUUAUUGUUACACAACCAUCCCCUGUUAUUGAAGAAGAUGAAAUAAAAGAAGUUAUUGCUGAUCCCCUGCAGGUUAUUGAGCCAGUUGCAAAAAAGUUGUCCUGCUUCAAACCAUCCAUUUCAUUGCGCGAUAUCCGUACUUUGACCGAGAAAAUUCCUACACAUUUGCAAUCAAACGAGCUAACAGUACCGUUAAAAUACCUCAAGGCGAAAUGAAAUAAUAUCCCUAUGUAAAUGGUCCAAUGUCCAGUUGAAAUCUGCAUUGAAUGUUUUUAAAUCAAGUAUUGACAGCCAAAAUAUCAAUCAAAACGAUGAAAAAUCGGUUAAUGUCUUUUCGAAAUAUUAUUCUGAAAAUGAAUUUCUUGAAUUCUUUUUUGCCCACUACACACUUCCUCAAAUUAAUGAGGAAAAAU